AUGACGAUAGCGACGACCGCGACAAACGACCGCACGCACGUACAUCCAAGUACACCCAAGUACAUCCAAGUACAUCCAAGUACACCCAAGUACACCCAAGUACAUCCAAGUACACCCAAGUACACCCAAGUACAUCCAAGUACAUCCAAGUACAUCCAAGUACAUCCAAGUACAUCCAAGUACAUCCAAGUACAUCCAAGUACACCCAAGUACACCCAAGUACAUCCAAGUACAUCCAAGUACAUCCAAGCACAUCCAAAUACAUCCAAGUACAUCCAAGUACAUCCAAGUACACCCAAGUACACCCAAGUGCAUCCAAGUACAUCCAAAUACAUCCAAGUACAUCCAAGUACACCUGCCGAAAAAAGCGAGGCGCAAACAGGAAGGCAGUCCGCCCUUGUCUCGUGGGCGCUGCUCUCCGGCGGCGGAUUGCAUCGCCUCCAUGAUAGGCUGUGA